CCUGAAGGUGCAGGGUCACAGAUGAUACUAUUUCAGCUAAUAUACACUAGAGGAGGAUCCAGGGUUAUCAGGCUCAGAGAAUCAGUCUAUCAUUUUCAACUAAAAUGGAAAGUCUGCUGAUGGUCGUCGUCAUCCUCCAUGCUCUGUUCUUGCAUCAAGGACUUCAUGGUGCAGCUAUUUCUUCUAAUGAAAAUGGGACCGACACUAGAAGAAGUGACAACGUUGUGGAGAAGCAGCGCACUGGAGGUAGUCUGCAUACAGCCAGCAUCUCUAAGCACUGCUCUGAGACACUGAUGGUUCUCCAUCAUGGCAGGUGGGUGUCUGUAACCCUGACACAGCAAAGCAAUGAGAAAGACAUGGCCCAGUUCUGUAAAGACCUUGACUGUGGAGGAAUCUUUGCUGAAAAUGGUACAGCAUCUACGAAUACCUGCCUGUCUGACUGCACCAUCAUAAACUCCAACUUGUACAACUGCACAAACGCUGCACCAGACAACUGCUCCAACGUGGUAGAGGUAGUCUGUGCGUGGCAGGUUGUGCAGUUGACUGGAAGCAGUGACAGAUGUGCAGGACGAGUGGAGCUGUUUGGCCCUGGAGGCUGGGGCUCAGUGUGUGAUGAUGGAUGGGACUUAAAAGGAGGAAAUGUGGUAUGUGCCCAACUGGAUUGUGGCACUGCUUUAAGGGUAAUGGGCGAGGCUGGGGAUUUUGAAGCCGGCUCUGGUCCUAUUUAUAUCGACCAUAUAAACUGCAGUGGGACAGAGAGAAACCUCUGGCAGUGCGACAAUAAGAUGAGCAGAGGCAGAAACUACUGCGGCCACAAGGAGGAUGCUUCAGUGGUGUGCUCAGGAAGUUCCUACAUACCAGUUACCACAGUUAAUACAUUAAUGACAGAUGUUACAAACUGGACAACAGAAAACGUAACAGCAGAAGCUGCUGAGGACAACAGCAGUGGGAUUUCACCACCGGUCCUAGGUUGCAUUGUUCUCUCUGUCACUCUGCUCUUACUGAUGCUUUCUAAUGCUGGUCAGUGUGCAUACUACAAAAGACAAAAUGGAGGCACGGAAUCGAGGAGAGCAUCACAAGCUUUACAGCAAGACAAUUCUGAGACUUCAAGUGACUCAGAAAAUGAACAUUUCUACAACCCUGACCCCACUCCACCUACAACUGUGAAUAACUAUGAACACAACUUAGUUGAUCACAGUAGGGUUACCAAUCAAGAGCAAAGACAUUUCUGUGAAGGAAGAAAUGCUGUGCAAACUAAUGCUCUUGAUUCAGAGAGCACAUCAUCAGGGGAAUGUUACGAAAACAUAGAACCUGUAAUGGAGAACCUUCUGAAUCCAGAUAUUAAUCCUGAGUACUGUAUACAGAUGACACCUCUACACAAUAACAUUGAAUCAGCUAACAACGGCAAAGACGACUCAUUUGAUUCGGACAGCACAUCCUCUGGGGAAUGCUACGAAAACACAGAACUGAAUGCUGAACCAUUUCUUCAGACACUGGAAGACCCAUCACUUCCUGAGCAGCUGGGUCACCCCUUACCUCAUCUGGCAAGAAACAUCAGUGUUUCCCAGCCAUACUCUCCUGAUCAAGAUGACAGCAGCACAUCAUCUGAGGAACCAUAUGAAAAUGUUGCAGAAAUAGACAACAGCUACUUUGCUAGAAGUGAACAAUCAGUCAACUCCUCUUCAGACAGUGACUAUGAUGAUGUCGGUAACUGGUGAAUGC